AUGACCAGAUUAUUAAGUUUACUAUGCCUUUCAGCUUCUGUUUUCGGCUACUCAAUUAGUGAAAUUGAGAAGCCAGAAGCGCCCGCACCAUUGAAAUUUGAUUUCAGCAUUGAAAAAAAAAUCGGAGACCUUAGUGCCCGGGACUUCUGGACACAGAAUGGAAAACGUAAAAACAAAAGGGACGAAGUUGCUGUGCUGAUCCAUAAUGUUCAAGAUAUCUACUACAUGUUGAAUGUAUACUUGGGGUCAAACAAGCAGUCCAACUAUGUGGUGAUCGAUACUGGCUCCUCUGAUUUAUGGGUGCCUUCUUCAGGAUAUGAUGCAAAAACUUCUACAACAUCAGAAGACACCGACAUACCAUUCGGCAUUAUGUAUAUUGACGGCAGUGUGGCUCAGGGAGAAUACUACAAGGACAGCUUCCUGUUUGGAACGUCAGAGUCUAUACUUGAUAGUUUUCAAUUUGCUUUAUCAAAUGCAAGUGGCCCAGGAAUAUUAGGAAUAGGAAACAAGGCCCAGGAGGUUGCCACUCUGAAGUACGAUAAUUUUCCUUGGGCUUUACAAAAUGCUGGAAUCACCCCAAAAGCAUCAUACUCUUUGUAUUUGAACCCCAAUAGUGAUUCAGGCGUGGUUAUUUUUGGUGGUAUCGAUACAGAGAAGUACGAUGGCUGCUUAUCAAAGUAUCCCGUUUACGAUAGUGGAAACGACUUGUCCAUAAAUGUAGAGAGCGUUUACAUGGGAGAAAAAGAAAUAGAGAUAAAUUCUCCGUAUUCCAUUGAUUCUGGUACUUCGUUGGGACUUGUGGGACAGGAAUUGAUGGACGAGCUUGAUAUCAUUUUUGACGCCACCGUUGUGGAGAUGGAUGGAACUUCAUACAGAGUGAUAAGUUGUACACAGCCUGAUGACCAGUAUGUGGUUUUCAAUUUUGGCGCCAAUGAGAUCCUGAUAUCUUACGCAGACUUGGUCUUAAAGAAUGACGAUGAUAGCUGUAUUUUGGGCCUUGCAUACUUUGAAGGUUACCAGGUUUUGGGAGAUGUGUUUAUGAAGCAUGCAUAUGUCUAUUUUGAUCUCACAGAUCAGACAAUUGCACUCGCUCAGGCAGUUUCAUCAGAAAAAUCAAAUAUCAUUACUGCUUGA